UGUGGCUCAAGUUGUCCGAGAGAAGUUCAGGGACUUUUUAUAGGCCGGAUGAAGUAUACAACACAGUGGAACGUGUGAAUGGCCCACGCAAACUGCGUCGGUUUUGCCGUUUUGCUCUUUGUAUAACGUAUUUCAAGACAAGAAAGAACGGGCAGCCAAGAAGCCAUAUCACGUACGAGCAAGCUCUGAGAAGUCCGUGAUUGGAUCACCUAUUUAGCAAGAUGGGAAGAUCCAGCUCUUUCCUAUUGACUGGAAGGACUUGGACAAGUUACUUGGUAGUGUUGCAGCUUGUAUGCUGCGUUGGCGUAGCGAAAGGGCAGGGGCUUGGAUGUGACCGGACUGCAAGAGCUUUUAACACCUACAAAUUGGCUGCCAAUAGUGUUCCCUCACAUGACAUUCCAGGUGAUCACCUCCAGAUCUGCUCCGCCGCGCGCACCUGCUGCACAGAGGGCAUGGAGCUGCAGCUGAGCCAGUACUCCCGCCAUCAGCUGGACGCCGCCGUCCGACGCACCGUCGAGGAAGUGGCCGACGACAUGGGCUCGCAGGGAUCCAGCUUCGACGAGUUCUUCCGCAGCCUGAUGAAUGAGUCCCGCACGGCGCUGGACGCCAUGUUCAAGAAGACGUACGGCGUGCUGUACGAGCGGAACGCGCACGUCUUCACCGACCUGUUCAAGGAUUUGGAGCUGUACUACGCCACCGGCUCGCGCGACCUGGUGGACGUCAUGAACGACUUCUUCACCGUCCUGUACAAGCGCAUGUUCACCGUGCUCAACUCGCAGCACACGUUCGACGACAAGUACCUGCAAUGUGUGGCCACUCACAUGGAGGGUCUGAAGCCGUUCCGCGACGUCCCGGCGAAGCUGACGCAGCAGCUGAAGCGCUCCUUCGUGGCUACGCGCACGCUGGUGCAGAGCCUCAACACCGGCCACGAUGUGGUUAAGCGGCUGAAGACGGUGAACGUGACGCCGUUCUGCGGCAGCGCCCUGAUGAAGAUGAGCCAGUGCGGCACCUGCAACGGCAUGCCGCGGGUGAAGGCGUGCCAUGGCCUCUGCCUCAACGUCAUCAAGGGCUGCCUGGCGCACCACAGCCGGCUCAACGACCAGUGGCACGAGUUUAUCGAUGGCAUCACGAACCUGGUGGCGCGUCUUGAGGGACCGUUCAACAUCGAGUCGGUCGUUAGUCCAAUCAACGUCAAGAUCUCGUACGCCAUCAUGAACUUCCAGGACAACGGAUACGACGUGUCGCGCAAGAUUUUCGAGGGCUGCGGCGACCCCAAGUUCCGGCGCCGGCGGCAGGCCGGCGGCGACGCGCCGUCCUACGACACGACCGACUUCCAGAGGGUGCAGCUGCAGAGCUAUUCGGAUCAUGAGGUCGAGCAGCCGUCGCCGUUGUUGCGCGUUCUCGGCCAGAUCCGCAGCAAGGUGCGGCCGCUGAAGACGUUCUGGUACGACCUGCCCAGCCAGCUGUGCACGGACCGCGACAUGGCGGCACCGCCGGCGCGCAUCAUGAACUGCUGGAACGGCACCGCCAAGAGCAGGUACGAGCAGCCGCUGAUGAAGGACGGCAUGGAGGCGCAGGUCGCCAACCCGGAGGUGCCCGUCGACACGCUGUACACCGACUCGGACGUGAACGAGGCGAUCCUGGCGCUGAAGCGGGCCACGGCCCGCCUGCGGGACGCCUACAACGGGCAGACGGUCACCUGGGAGCAGCCGGAGCCGGCCGCCGAGCCGCCGACGACGCUGGAAGCCGGCUCCGGCUCCGGGGACGGCGCCGCGUUCGACGUGGACGCUGAGACCGACGACGAAGACUAUGAGCUGCCGGAGGGCUCGGGCGACGGCGAGUACGAGCUGCACGGCGGCGGCGGCGAGCACGGCCGCUCCGGCUCGGGUCUGCACCCGGCCGUACCCGACGACAACGAGUUCGCCAACACGAUCGACUUCCAGCCGGUCGAGGAGACGAACGGUGUGCCCCGGCCGGACGCCGGCGGCACCAGCGGCGGCCACAAGCCGCGCAUGUCGCUGGCGCGCGCCGUCUCCGUUCUGCUCUGUCCCACGCUUGUCGCCUGGAUAGGCACCUUCAUCUAGCGCGUCGGUCGUACGGUGCGAGGCGGCGUAGUGAGUUUAAUCAGCGCGCG